GUUCUGUGGAUAGCGCCUCUCUCACGUGAGGGGACAAGGUACCAUCGGGUACCAACCAGUAUAUCCCAGCCCUGGAUUCUAGUUUUCAUUAGUGCCAUCUUUGGCCCCAAUCAUGGGCUUUAUCUCUCCUUGACUGCGUGGCCUUAGGAGUUGACCCUUCCCAAUGAGAUGCCAAUUUACUUUGGUUUGUUGCCCCUACAGCCAUCCUUUGCCUCCAUUAAAAACCGAGGGAACGUACCAGCAAUGCUUGGUCUCUCUCCAGAGUCUCAUGGUGCCCACAGAUUUGAGAUCAUGCGGACGAUGUCCCAUAUCUGUAGGGACAGGCCAUGCUUCUUUCUUGUGCUUACAGCACGGAUACCUGGUCCUGAAGGAGGAGAUGGAUUUGAUCUGGUUGCUUUGGUGAAACAGAAGGGCAAAAAGGGGGAUUUUCACGCUUCUUUGUAAAAUGCUCAGAGACGAGAAUCUCAUAACUGGCUGUUCCUUUGAGUGUGCGGAAGUGUGGUUUCAAGUGUCUCCAUCUUGCUUGGCAUUUAAUGGUCGGAUUGAACACUUUUUGGAUCCUCCUUGAUCAAGAAAAGAAAGUUAAAAAGAAAAAAAAAAAGGAAAAAAAGAAAAGAAACUCUACCACAGCGGUACAGUCGCCUCACUGAGACCAUUUGAGCCAAGCCUUGAAAACGUUACCCAGCUUCGAAAGAACCUUUCCCUCUGGACUGACCCCCUCGUACCCUUUCCCACAAGCCCUGUCAUGAACGGCGGAUGUGAGGUGCCCAAACUUUGCUCUUGAGUCCUGAAGAUACAGUGCACAAACUCUUUGAGGACUAUGGGUGCUGAGUGGACAGAAAUUCGGGGAAAAGGACCCGUUUGCGAGAAUAAAGGCCAGCAAGCUGGUUAUGUCCUAUGUGGCAGCCGUGUGCGGCAAAGGAGCCGAAGUGAAUGAAGUCAAGGAGCAGCUUCUGCAGUCCAACCCUGUCUUGGAAGCCUUUGGAAACGCCAAGACUGUGAGGAACGACAACUCGUCCCGAUUUGGCAAAUAUAUGGAUAUUGAAUUUGACUUUAAAGGUGACCCGCUGGGAGGCGUGAUAAGUAACUAUCUCUUAGAGAAAUCUCGUGUCGUUAAGCAGCCAAGAGGCGAAAGAAACUUCCACGUCUUCUAUCAGCUGCUCUCUGGCGCCUCUGAGGAGCUGCUCCAGAAGCUGAAGCUGGAGCGGGAUUUCAGCAGAUACAACUACCUGAGCCUGGACUCCGCCAAAGUUAACGGUGUGGAUGAUGCUGCUAAUUUCAGAACUGUCAGGAACGCCAUGCAGAUCGUGGGCUUCACGGACCACGAAACCGAGUCGGUCCUGGAGGUCGUGGCCGCCGUCCUGAAGCUGGGGAACAUCGAGUUCAAGCCCGAGUCUCGAGUGAAUGGCCUGGAUGAGAGCAAAAUCAAAGAUAAAAACGAGUUAAAAGAAAUCUGCGAACUGACCAGCAUCGAUCAGUUGGUUCUAGAAAGAGCCUUUAGUUUCCGGACCGUCGAAGCAAAGCAGGAGAAAGUUUCGACCACCUUGAACGUGGCUCAGGCUUAUUAUGCCCGUGAUGCCCUGGCUAAAAACCUCUACAGCAGGCUGUUCUCGUGGUUGGUAAAUCGCAUCAACGAGAGCAUAAAGGCACAAACCAAAGUGAGAAAGAAGGUCAUGGGUGUUCUGGACAUUUAUGGCUUUGAAAUAUUUGAGGACAACAGCUUUGAGCAGUUCAUUAUUAAUUAUUGUAACGAGAAGCUUCAACAGAUCUUCAUCGAACUCACUCUGAAGGAAGAGCAAGAGGAGUACAUACGGGAGGACAUAGAAUGGACUCACAUUGAUUACUUCAACAAUGCGAUCAUUUGUGACCUGAUAGAAAACAACACAAACGGAAUCUUGGCCAUGCUGGACGAAGAAUGCCUGAGACCCGGCACCGUCACGGAUGAGACCUUCCUGGAAAAGCUGAACCAAGUCUGUGCCACCCACCAGCACUUCGAGAGCCGGAUGAGCAAGUGUUCCCGCUUCCUCAACGACACGACCCUGCCGCACAGCUGCUUCAGAAUCCAGCAUUACGCCGGCAAGGUGCUGUACCAGGUGGAAGGGUUUGUGGACAAGAACAAUGACCUCCUGUACCGAGACCUGUCCCAAGCCAUGUGGAAGGCUGGCCACGUCCUCAUCAAAUCCCUGUUCCCCGAAGGGAACCCCGCGAAGGUUAACCUGAAAAGACCUCCGACGGCCGGCUCACAGUUCAAGGCAUCCGUGGCCACCCUGAUGAAGAACCUGCAGACCAAGAAUCCCAACUACAUCAGGUGCAUCAAGCCCAACGAUAAGAAGGCGGCGCACAUCUUCAACGAGAGCCUCGUCUGCCAUCAGAUCCGGUACCUGGGUCUUCUGGAGAACGUCCGAGUGAGGCGGGCAGGCUACGCCUUCCGGCAGGCCUAUGAACCCUGCCUGGAAAGAUACAAGAUGCUUUGCAAACAAACAUGGCCUCACUGGAAAGGACCAGCAAGGUCUGGUGUGGAGGUUCUGUUCAAUGAGCUAGAGAUCCCUAUGGAAGAGUACUCCUUUGGCAGAUCCAAGAUAUUUAUCCGAAACCCAAGAACAUUAUUCCAAUUAGAAGACAUAAGGAAGCAGCGGCUGGAGGACCUGGCCACUCUCAUUCAGAAGAUUUAUCGGGGGUGGAAGUGCCGUACGCAUUUCCUGCUCAUGAAAAAAAGCCAAGUUGUGAUUGCGGCCUGGUGCAGGAGAUAUGCGCAACAGAAGCGGUACCAGAAAAUAAAGAGCUCAGCCCUGGUGAUUCAGUCUUACAUCCGGGGCUGGAAGGCCCGCAAACUCCUGCGGGAGCUGAAGCAUCAGAAGCGCUGUAAGGAGGCGGCCACCACCAUUGCAGCCUACUGGCACGGAACCCAGGCGCGAAGGGAGCUGAGGCGGCUGAAGGAGGAGGCUAGGAAUAGACAUGCUAUUGCAGUUAUCUGGGCUUACUGGCUUGGAUCGAAGGCUCGGAGGGAAUUGAAACGCUUGAAGGAAGAGGCUAGGCGUAAGCAUGCAGUUGCUGUCAUUUGGGCUUACUGGCUUGGACUGAAGGUGCGCCGGGAAUACAGGAAAUUCUUCAGAGCGAACGCUGGGAAGAAAAUCUAUGAGUUUACGCUUCAGAGAAUUGUGCAAAAAUACUUCCUGGAAAUGAAAAACAAAAUGCCUUCCUUGUCGCCAAUAGACAAGAACUGGCCACCGAGGCCUUACCUGUUCUUGGACUCGACGCACAAGGAGCUGAAAAGGAUCUUCCACUUGUGGCGGUGUAAAAAAUACAGGGACCAGUUCACAGACCAGCAGAAACUUAUUUACGAGGAGAAGCUAGAGGCCAGUGAACUCUUCAAAGACAAGAAGGCUCUGUAUCCUUCCAGUGUUGGGCAACCAUUCCAAGGAGCUUACCUGGAAAUCAACAAGAACCCCAAAUAUAAGAAACUCAAAGACGCCAUUGAAGAGAAGAUCAUUAUUGCCGAGGUCGUGAACAAAAUUAACCGCGCAAAUGGGAAGAGCACGUCCCGGAUUUUCCUCUUGACAAACAAUAACCUUCUCCUUGCUGACCAAAAGUCCGGGCAGAUCAAGUCCGAGGUCCCCCUGGUGGAUGUGACCAAGGUCUCCAUGAGUUCACAGAACGAUGGCUUCUUUGCCGUCCACCUCAAGGAGGGCUCAGAAGCAGCUAGCAAAGGGGAUUUCCUCUUCAGCAGUGACCACCUGAUUGAGAUGGCCACCAAGCUGUAUCGUACGACCCUCAGCCAGACCAACCAGAAGCUCAAUAUCGAGAUCUCGGAUGAGUUCCUGGUGCAGUUCAGACAGGACAAAGUGUGUGUGAAGUUUAUCCAAGGCGCCCAGAAAAACGGGAGCGUGCCGACCUGCAAGCGGAAGAACAAUCGGCUCCUGGAAGUCGCCGUCCCUUGAGCGAGGAACGCCUCUGCCCUCCAUGGACUUGUCUCUCUCCGUAAUAGUGCAAUUUGAUUUUGUUUUAUUUGGGGGCUCGCUGUAUGUUUGGGGGUUGCCAAAGGCAAGCUGGUAGAGUCCUUUGGCAAAAUUAAAAGUAUUUGACUAAUCUGUUUUAAUUAUUGGAAUAGUUAAUCCUUAAGUCCACAGUCUGUCCUGGGAAGGAUUUUAGAAACUGACAAUGUCCGCUUCCACCUCCUACGUGUUUUCUCCUCAGUUAACGUUCGAGACUUGUGUCCCGUAAACCCACAUGUUACCCGUAAAUCAUUAGUACAUGUAAACGUGAAGAGGGGGCUUACAUUCAUUUAUCAGAUAUUUAUUGAACGCCUACUUUUUGCUGGGCACUGUGCUGAAACUUAUUCGGAACAUUUUUAUUUUUAAAACUGUUGCCUUCUGGCUGAUUUGUGCUGGCGAAACAAUAGCUAAGGAGGUAGAAGAGAUUGAGGCCAAAGGAUACCGCUAGCCAUGAUGGCAUUAGCGGGAACCCUGUAGCGCGAUGUAACAACAGAAGAGAAGCUGGCGGCCCUGGGGGAUUGGAGACGGACGAUUGGGUGAAAUUCCUCUAUGUUUUGUUAUCUAUUGGAAAAGAGAGAAAACUGACAUUUAGACGUGCACAUUUAUUUGUUCAGAAAGCAGAAGUUACUCUGGCUUGAGGGACGGUAACUGAAGCAGAAUGCUUCGUUGCGGUUCCAAAGAAGCACGGGAUGGGACUCGAGAAGCCCACGGUGCUUUCACGGAGUCGGCAGCGUAAGAAAAGGCUGAGAGCCGUUCACAGCGGCAGACCUUCUCUUCGAUGUGCAAUAAAGCAUCCAGGAUCGCCUUUGGAAGUUUUAUUUAUAAUAUACAUUUUUUUUUUUUUGUAUACGAGAGGUUCAGGGUGUGUAUUUUAGUCAAAGAUCAAAAUUAGAAUUAGUUUUCAGGGCUUCUUUUUGUUGUUGUUGUUCUUUGAAAUUGACAAUAAGAAUUCACUUUGGAAACCACAUUUGAAAUUCUGGAAUCAAACUGUUUCUUAUUUGGGAGGACACUGUAUAUACAUCGGGAUUAUGUUAAAUAAUAAAAUUGCUCUAAAUCUGGUGCCA